AUGGCUACUCAUCCGUUGCAAGCAAUUGGAGAAGCUGUUGGGUCGGUCGGAAUUGACCCUCGCGCCAAGCAGCUUUCCUCUCUCUUCCAAGGAGCGAAUAAUGGUCCUGCACGUACGGCAGCGAAGCUGACGGGUGUCCAAGAGCUUGGGAAGAGAGCCGAUGACGGCCCUUACUUCACAAGCAAUGAGGGCAUCCCUUUCCCAGAUCCAGCUCAUAGCAAAACGGCUGGGGGAAUACCAGUGGUAUCCGAUAUCCAUCUUUUCCAGAAGCAGCAGCACUUCAACCGGUCUAAAAAUCUGGAGAGAAUGGUCCAUCCAUGUGGCAGUGGCGCUUUUGGAUACUUCGAAUCUACCAAAGACGUUUCAUCUCUGUGCAAAGCCGACUUUUUGAAGUCAUCUGGCAUCCGAACUCCAGUUUUCGUGCGUUUCUCAACCGUGACUCUUGGCAGAGAAUUUCCCGAUUUGGCACGGAAUCCCCGAGGAUUUGCGAUCAAGUUCUACACAGGCGAGGGCAACUACGAUAUUGUUGGCUUAAAUUUCCCUGUCUUCUUUUGCCGUGACCCUAUUCAGGGCCCAGACGUGAUUCGGUCUCAGUAUCGUAGCCCGCAAAACUUCCUUCUUGAUCAUAACUCACUGUUUGAUUUGCUGGGCAAUACUCCUGAGGGUAACCACGCCGGCAUGAUGUUUUUCAGCGACCAUGGUACACCCCAAGGAUGGCGAGCCAAUCACGGGUACGGGUGCCAUACCUUCAAAUGGGUCAAUGGCGAAGGAAAGUUUGUGUACAUCAAGUACCACUUCCUUGCGGACGACGGCCAGAAACAAUUUACCAAUGAUGAAGCUACGCGCCUCAGCGGUGAAGACCCUGACUACUCAAAGAGAGAUUUGUGGCAGGCCAUUGAAAAAGGGGAAAAGGUAUCAUGGACAGCCCACGUUCAAGUCAUGGAGCCUGAGGACGCCGAUCCAGACAAGCUCGGAUUCGACCCUUUCGAUGUGACAAAGGUUUGGCCAAAAACUCAAUUUCCAUUGCAAGAGUUUGGAAAGCUGGUCUUAACCCGUAAUCCCGAAAACUUCCACAGGGACGUGGAACAAGCUGCAUUUUCUCCGGGCAGCAUGGUUCCCGGUAUUGAAGAUAGCCCAGAUCCGCUUCUCCAGUUCCGCACCUUUUUCUACCGAGAUGCGCAACUGCACCGCGUCGGAGUAAACUGGCAUCAGAUACCCGUUAACUGUCCAUUCAUGGCCUCGUCAUAUUCUUCCUUGAAUUUCGACGGGCAGAUGAGAGUCGACGCAAACCAUGCCAAGAACCCUCAGUACGCGCCAAACAGCUUCGUCGACAAGUUUCGCCCCGACACUGCUGAAGCUCCAUAUCAGCUCUCUGAUAAUACCGUUAGCCGCAAAUCACACUUUUGGCACGAGGGUAGUUCAACCGAGUACGAGCAGCCGCGCGCGCUGUAUCAAAGCGUCAUGAAUGAUGAAGCCCGCGAUCACCUCCAUAAGAAUACUGCCCGGCUCCUACAAAAGGUGGAAUAUCCCGAAAUCCAGAUUAAGUACCUUGCCCAGCUGUAUAGAGUGGCGGCUCAAUACGCGGAGAGUGUCUUUAGUCUGCUGCCUGAGAAACGCUUCAGCUUCAGCGAGGUAGAGGAACGUUCUCAGAGUGCGGAAAAGAUUGGAAAGAAUCCUAAAUUUUGUCCGAGUGCGAAGACGGACAAGCUAGUAGGCAAAUGCCCAGCUGCCAAGAUUUACAACUGA